AUCUCACCGUUUUCUUUACGAAGAGAAAAAAUGGCUCCCGUAAAGAUACAAGGUUUAGUCCAAAUCCGAAGCAAGAACCGAAACAGGCACACCCGGGCUUCUCGGUGGAAGGAAGCAGUCAUUGAAAUCGUGGAAAGAAAACAGAAGGUUACCAUGGUGUUUUCCUUCAAGUUGGAAAAAAGAAAGAGGGUUUUUCAGCUGGGUAAUAAUGUUGCAGGUGUAGUGGUUAGUUGUUGUGAGAUGGGAUUGCACUGCCUGUACUUAACAUUAAAAGGUGACACUUCCUUACUCAUUGACAAGUUAUCCUCCGAAGAUAUUGAACAACUGAAGGCAUUCCUGGAUUUGGCUCAUCUGUCUGAUGCCCAAGACCUAGAUGAGCCCAACAGUAGUCAUGAUUUUCUUGAAAGCGGGCAUGCAUUUUGCAGGAAGUACCAGGAUCCAGUUUGUGGAUCCUUGAAUACACAAGAAAGGGAGACGCAGCUCCCCAUGAAGGCACCGCUUUCAAUGUCCAAAUCCACCAGCAGGUACGUUAAGAAAGAGAGAGCAGAGAAAGAGAUCAAAAAGAGGAAGAGAAUGCCAACACCCAGUGUAGAAAUAAGUGAGGAAGUCCUCACAGAAUAUGAUCCCGAGCCACAAAAGAAAUACAAGAUCUGUACCCCCCGAAACAAAAGAGGCAAAGGGGAGAAACCAAUGGCUUCAAGAGAGCAGGAAAAACACAACUGGAAACUUGAAAAUUCAUUGAUUUCCAACGUUCGCAGGAAGAUUAACCUAGAUGACACUAUUCUUCCGACACAAACACUCUGUGAUGAAAGAUCAAAGCUUAGCCAGGAGACACCAACAUGUAACGAAAUCCAGUUUCCUCUUGACACUUAUGCAAAGCAACUGAACCGUGAAGGCUUCCCCAACUUAGGGAAUACCUGCUACAUGAAUUCCAUUUUGCAGUCUGUCUUUGGGAUUCCAACCUUCGCAAAGGAUUUGCUCACCCAAGGUAUCCCAUGGGAGAAUGUUUCCUGUGAUGAUCUUAUCAAGCCCUUGAGCCAACUUCUUGUCUUGAAAGACAUUCGGGAUGUGGAGAUCAAGGGGCAGUUACUCAUGACCGUGAAGAAAUCCAUUUCGACAGUUGCAGACACAUUCUUGGGCGAUGAGCAGAAUGAUGCCCAUGAAUUUUUAAGCCAGUGUUUAGAGCAGCUGAAGCUGAACAUGGAAAAAAUUAAUGCCAUGUGGAAUCCUGAGGGGGAAAAUGAAGGCGCUAUGGGCAAAAGGUUCAUUUGCCCUGUAGCUGCUAAUUUUGAAAUGGAGCUGCAUAGCUCCAUUGUUUGUGAAGGCUGUGGUGCAGCUACCAUCAACACCGAGGUGAGCAAUUACCUCUCUGUUGACCUGCACCAAGGAACAAAGGAUCACCCUCUAUCCAUUCAAAAGUCUCUGGAUCUUUUCUUUACACCUGAGAAAAUUGAGCACAACUGCGAGAAUUGCAAGAACAAGAAUUCUGUGCUCAGGUACACCUGGAGGAGGCUCCCCAGGGUCCUUAUUGUUCAUCUGAAGCGCUACCACUUUACCUCCAACAGGAUGUUGGUGAAGAGUCAGCAGCCAGUGGAGAUUUCUAAGUAUCUCAGUGUAUCUUCUCACUGCAAUGAAAACACGAAGCCACCAUUCCCCCUGACCAGUAGGGGCCCCAAUGACGACUACGAUGUCCCAGAUGUCUCUGACGGGAUGAUGCAUGAGAUCUUUGGCCAGUCAAUAUCAUCCAUGCAGCCAACUGCAGUGUCCAUUGAUUUCACAGUUCUGCAGGUUGGCUCCAACGAGGAUGAUGAAGUGCAAAACUUCCAGAUAAUGUGUGAUGACCAGCAGCAGAUAGGCCUAGAAAGUGUUUCGAGAAUUGAUCCAGAACUACUGAAGACAGAAAAAUGGAUGCUCUGUGAAAAUGUGUCACCAACAUGGGAUUCAAUCAUCUGUGAACCUAUCAGCAUCCAAGACCUAGGGCUUAGAGAGACCACUCUUCAAAAGCUGCCUGAGAAUCCAGAAGUUAAAAACUACAAGAAAAUCAAUGUGUAUGGAAAUACAAGUCAUCAUACUAUCAUUGAGAUAUGUAAUAAUUUCUGUGAUCUCAAAGAACAAAAGAUUCUGGAAGAUACUCAAGAGAUAGGCCAACAGUUCUUCCAACAACAUGGGAAACGAAUCCAGAAGGAAUUUCUUUCUCGGGCAUCACCUCAAAGUGUCGGAGGUACUCAGGAAGAUGCAGAGAAGGACCUGAGUAUGUCUUCAGAGAUGGCAGAUCAGAGAAAUUAUGUUGAUUUCCUGGGUGCAUCUGGGCAUCCUGAAAAUAUCAAAGUUGUCGGAAUUGACAACCCAGAUGCUAUUGAUGAGCUAAAAGGGAUGGAAGAUGACCCCCAAAACUACAGGCUUGUCGGUGUUGUCAGCCAUUUUGGAAGCUCCCAAGACUCGGGCCAUUAUGUAAGCGAUGUGUACGACUUUCAAAGGCAGACAUGGCUGCUGUACAGUGAUGUCCAAGUGUUCGAGAUCCCAGAGGCCUUGAUUCAGGAGAAUCGGCUUCAUACUGGGUACAUUUUCUUUUACAUGAGGAAUGAUAUUUUUGAGUGGCUGUUAAAAAAGGCAUCAGAGUGCAGGCUGAUGAGCACAUCUAAGGAUGAAAAGAAAACUAUGGAUCUUUUCUCAUCAUUGCUUAAUGGCUUUACAUACCUUCUGGAAGAAUCCUAAAUUCUACCCAUAAGAAUCACAAAAGUCAAGAUGAAAUAUCAGAAUAUCAGCUAAAAAUCCA